CUGGCCAUAGACGCGGGCGGCUAGAGCGACCCUGCGGGAGGCGGCAGGAAAAGCUCGGAGCAGCUGCCGGAGGUGACGGAGCGGCCGCCCCGCCCCGUGCGCUGGAAGACGAGGCUUUCAGGUAGCCGCGGUAGUCUGUUUCAGGGUACGACCCAGCCUUGGGCGCAGACCCUCCGUACCGGGGCUGCCGCUUUAAGGGAGGGUGGAGCUACGAGUGAGGAGCGUGGAGCUCCAGACAACUUGAGGCCAGAGCCCCGCACCUCGGUGCAGCCAUGAGUGCGGAGGUGAAGGUGACAGGGCAGAACCAGGAGCAGUUUCUGCUCCUGGCCAAGUCGGCCAAGGGUGCAGCGCUGGCUACGCUCAUCCAUCAGGUGCUGGAGGCCCCUGGUGUCUACGUGUUUGGGGAACUGCUGGAUAUGCCCAAUGUUAGAGAGUUGGCAGAGAGCGACUUUGCCUCCACCUUCCGACUGCUCACAGUGUUUGCCUAUGGAACCUAUGCUGACUACUUAGCUGAAGCCAGGAAUCUUCCCCCACUUACCGAGGCUCAGAAGAAUAAGCUUCGACAUCUCUCGGUUGUCACUCUGGCUGCCAAAGUCAAGUGCAUCCCAUAUGCGGUGUUGCUUGAGGCUCUUGCCCUUCGGAACGUGCGCCAACUGGAAGACCUUGUGAUUGAGGCUGUGUAUGCCGACGUCCUUCGUGGCUCCCUGGAUCAGCGCAAUCAGCGGCUAGAGGUUGACUACAGUAUUGGGCGGGACAUCCAGCGCCAGGACCUCAGUGCCAUUGCCCGAACCCUGCAGGAGUGGUGCGUGGGCUGUGAGGUUGUGCUGUCUGGCAUCGAGGAGCAAGUCAGCCGUGCCAACCAGCACAAGGAGCAGCAGCUGGGCCUGAAGCAGCAGAUCGAGAGUGAGGUUGCCAACCUUAAAAAAACCAUUAAAGUUACAACAGCAGCAGCAGCUGCGGCCACUUCUCAGGAUCCUGAGCAACACCUGACAGAGCUGAGAGAACCAGCUCCUGGCAGCAACCAGCGCCAGCCCAGCAAGAAAGCCUCAAAGGGCAAGGGGGAGAAGACUAAUCCCCAGCCCCUCUAAAGCCGAGUGCUGGAAAGUGAAAGGAACCAGAUACUGUUUGCAGACUCCUGGCUAGCAGCCGGGAGACCCAGACCCUGGGCAGGUUGCUCCAUACCUCAGCCCAUGCCCAGAAGUAAUGGGCGCCUACUGAGCACCACAUGUCCUAACAGUGGAGCUGCAGCCUGACCGCCACUGUCCCUACGCCCAAGGACCCGCAGGGCAGUCUGUUCCUCUCACCUCAGAAUCACAAAGGGGGCGGGUGUUGGUAGUGAACUUGAAUUUUCACAUUGAAAACACAUAAAACUAUUAGCUUUGUUGGUCUUUGGCCCUUUUGUUUCCCAAGAAGUAUAGCAGGAGGUCGGCCUAGAAGCACUGCUUGCUUUCUAGAGGUGGGGAUGCAGUUGAGGGUGGGCAGUUAAACCCUCACUUGAGUGUGAAGUGCUGUCUUUGAAGGGCCUAGUAGGUAACUGGGCCUGUGCUGUUCUCUAGCUGGGGAUUUAGAAUGAAUUGCCUUUUUUUCUGUUUUGGACAGCAUCUCUAAAUGUAGCCCUGGCUGUCCUGGAACUUCUUUCUAUGUUGAGCAAGCUGGCCUAGACUCACAGAGAUCCACUUGCCUCUGCCUCCAGAAUGCUAAGAUUAAAGUUAGGUGUCAUCCUGCCUGACUAUAGCCAAAUUGCUCUUAACUGCUUAAAACUAGCAGUCAUUGGACCGGAAAGUAGGGGCAAAGUCCUUUUGUUUUUUGUUUGUUUGGGGGUGGUUAUUGUUGAGACAAGUCUUUUGCAUUUCAGGCUAGCUUUGAAUGGCCUUGAAUUUAGGAUCCUCCUGUCUCUAGCUGAGUGCUGGGAUUCUGUGUGUUUACCACUCUUGGUUUUUCAGCUUUCCCUAGAUAAGCAAGCUGCUUGAUUCUCUUGCUUCUAAAAUAAACCUUUUUGUCCCAGA